AUGCUCAACCCAACCCUGACUGAUCCUUUCGUGAACCCCUUGUUUGACUCUCACCCCAGCGCGCGCACACACCACCCCAUCUACAUCGAGAGUAGCACAUUUGCCUUCUCCUGUGGUGCGGGAAUUUCCGAAACGAUGGGAUUAGAUGUUGAGACGCUCGUAAUAAGGCAUGAGGUGCAGCAUUUUAUGUGGCUCCCAAGACUUGCGAGCCAGGUUUUGAAGGAGACGGCUCUUUACCCCGGACAAUCGGUGACCGUGGAGUUUGUAGAGUUUGGCUUUAUCCGGAUGCAUACAGAUAGACAUGUAGCUACCAUUGGAACCAAGAAUCAGUAUCGUAUGCAGGUGCGCUUAUGCUACUCGGUUUCAGAGAUGAAUUUUGGCGCUGAGUUCCAACCGAAAAAAAAUACUCUCUUUCCCUGUCGAGGAACUCGCUCGAACUAUCCAUAUGUCUUCAUCAAAGGUCAAUUCCUGUAG